GUCGCAGUGCCAGUCUCGCUCCGCUUCUGUCGCCGCCGAGGUGCUCCGCCCGCUGCCGUACCACGCCACGCACGACCUGUCGCUCCAGAUGUUACGUAUCGCAAAGUCGCUGCCGCUGCUGCUGCUGGCGUCGUGGGCGUCGGCCGCUCCGGCCGUCGUCUCGGCGCCCCUGUCGACGAUGAAGGCGUCGGCGUCCUCGUCUUCGGACGAGUCCGAGCUGGCACCGUCGCCGUGCAAGACCUACUGGACGUACACCGGCUCCAAGGCGGACUGCCGGGCCGCCGGGCUGACCGACCUGCCGGCCUCGCUGGACCCGGCGGCGCAGCAGCUCGACCUGUCCGACAACAACCUGACGGCGCUGCGCAACGGCUCGCUGGCGGCGCUGGGGCUGUCGGCGCUGGAGCUGCUCGACGCGGGCGCCAACGCGCUGGCCGCCGUCGAGCCGGACGCGUUCCGCGGGCUGCGCCUGCUGCGCACCGUGCGCCUCAGCGACAACCGGCUGCGCGCGCUGCACGCCGACACGUUCGCGCACAACCCGCGCCUGCAGGAGCUCUUCCUGGACGGCAACCCGCUGGCGGCGCUGCCCGCCGACGGCGCCUGGCUGCGCGCGCCGCUGCUGCUCGUGCUCGACGCGUCGCGCUGCGGCCUGGCCGCGCUGCCGCGCCGCGCGCUCGCCGCGCUGCCGCACCUGCGCGCGCUCUACCUCGCGCGCAACAGGCUGCGCGCGCUGCCCUCCGCGCCCGGCGCCUUCGCCGCCUCGUCGGCGCUGCUCUUCCUCGACCUGUCGGCCAACCGGCUGCGCGACCUGCCCGCCGGCGCCUUCUCCGGGCUGGGCGCGCUGCGCAGGCUCGACCUGCAGGACAACGAGCUGCUGGCGCCGCCCGCCGCCGCCUUCGCGCCUCUGCGCUCGCUGGCGCGCCUCGAGCUGGGAGGCAACCCGCUGGCGUGCGACUGCGCGCUAUACCCGCUGCGCUCCUGGGCAGCCGCGCGCAACCUUUCCGUGCGCGCGCACUGCGCCGCCACCGGUGCCGCCUGGACGCUGCUCGACAACCUCGACUGCCCGGCCUGA